AAGAAGAAUAGUUAUCCAUGCUAUUCUGUGCGUAAUCUAAAGUCAUGACUAUAUAUUGUUUUCCUGAGUAUUUUGUUAGAUCCUAUUGAUGUUAAUUCACACCACCAUUAGAAUUCACUAAAUAAGUUAUUGAAAGUUUAGUUAUCUGCAUGGCGUAAGGUUAUGUACGCCUGCUGUCCAUCAUUUUUUAACUUACCUUUUCAUGAAAAACGAAUUUUCGGAAUGGAGUUUAUAAAAGUACAAUCAAAUGCAGUGGUUUUACUCGCAUGCGGCUGCUUUAAUCCGCCUACUAACAUGCACUUAAGGAUGUUUGAAAUCGCCAAAGAUCAUUUGCAGGAGGUGAAUAAAUGUGAAGUGGUUGGAGGAAUUAUCUCCCCUGUACAUGAUUCUUAUGGCAAAAAGGAUUUAGAAUCCUCCACUCACCGUCUGAACAUGAUUAACCUUGCCCUACAAGAUAAUAAUUGGAUAAAAUUAUCUGAUUGGGAGGCAAACCAGGAAACAUGGAGUCGAACCAAACAAAUCCUACAAUACCAUCAAAAUCAUAUCAAUUCUGUAUUACAUUCUAAUGAAGAUAAUUUGAAUGAAGCAGAUUUCAAAUGGUUGCCGGAAGAUAUUCGUUAUCACAAUGCAGGUAUAACAGUAAAGUUGUUGUGUGGUGCCGAUUUGCUGGAGUCAUUUGGAACUCCUGGCCUAUGGUCAGACGAUGAUAUUGAAGCUAUUGUAGGGCAGCAUGGGCUGGUCGUUAUCACUAGAUCAAAUUCAAAUCCAAAUGAAUUUAUUUAUAAUUCAGAUAUUCUUACAAAAUACAGAUCAAACAUCACAAUAGUUACUGAAUGGAUACAAAAUGAAAUAAGCUCCACAAAGAUAAGAAAGGCAUUUCAAAGGUCUGAAUCUGUAAAGUAUUUGAUACCAGAUAAAGUAAUUGAUUACAUUCAUAAAAAUUCCCUGUAUGGUGCAAACAAUAAUUUAAAAAAGAUUCACCUUAAAAAUCUUUAGCUAAAAUGUUACUAUUCAGUUGAAAUCUGCUUGUAGCAUUCCUAUAUAGUGAAAUAAAAUAUCUCAUUUUGUUUUCUUAACAAAUCCCAAAAUCAUGAUUGUUAAAUGCUAGUCAAAUGUUUCCUCAGAAUUACAUCUGCUGUACGCCUUUUUGUAUUGUUAAAUAUUUGUUUAAAAUAUAAUUUUG